AUGAUUAGGAACAUUCCUAAAAUCCCCCGAUUAUUCUUUAAUGAGAAGCAGUCGACAAAUUUAUCGACUCAUGAACUUCUUAUUAAGUUAGGGUUUCUUACUAAUCCAAAACCUGGUUUGAAUAACUGGUUACCCAUGGGAUUACUUGUAUUGAACAAACUUAAAUCCAUUAUAAGAACCAACUUAAAUAACCAUGGAUGUGAGGAAUUAAGUCUACUGAUUUUGUCUUCAGCUGACAAAUGGGAGAAAACUGGACGUUGGGGGAAUACAGAAUUGUUUAAGUUAAAAGAUUCUAGUAAAAGUGAUUAUUGUCUUUCACCCACAAGUGAGGAAGAUAUCACUCUUUUGGUUAAGAAUCAAAUUACAAGUUAUAAGGAACUACCCAUCACAUAUUAUCAAGUACGAGAGAAAUUCAGAGACGAAAUCAGACCUCGUAUGGGACUUUUAAGAGCCAGGGAGUUCUUAAUGAAUGAUGCUUACUCUUUUGAUGUUAAUGAAGUUCAGGCAAUGAAAUCAUACAAUAACAUGGUAAGUGCAUAUCAUGAGAUUUUCAAAUCUUUGAAGGUUCCUUAUGUCAAAGCAGAUGCUGAUUCUGGUGAUAUUGGUGGAGAUUUGAGUCAUGAAUGGCAUUACCCUUCAGUUCACGGUGAGGAUACUUUGUUUAAAUGUGAGGGUUGUGGUAGUAUAUCCAAUAUCGAGAUGACCAAAUCUGCUCCACCAAAAAAUCAUAAACCCAUCGAUGAUACCAAAGAAUAUUUUUAUAAGGACGGAGAUGAGAUAUUGAAGAUCGUAGUACCAAAAGACCGUGAAUUUGAACCAAAAUUCUUGAAAGUGCAUUAUCCUCAGGCUGAAGAAACUGAUCUUACUCAUGCCACCAAAACAGUUCACGAUAUAAGAUGUGAUCCCGAAGGUUUGCCUUUGGUACUUGCACAAGAAAACGAUCAUUGUGGACAUUGUUCCUCGCCACUCAAAUCAUUCAGAGCUAUUGAAAUCGGCCAUACCUUCUAUCUCGGGACAAAAUACACUGAAUCACUUGACUUCACCUUACCAGUACCUAUUGAGAAUUCAAAUGGUAAAACUAUUGAUAAACAUGUGGUUAUGGGGUGCUAUGGUAUUGGAAUCAGUAGAAUCAUUGCAGCUGUGGGAGAUUUGAAAGAUGACAAAGGAUUCAAAUGGCCAAUUUCAAUUUGUCCCUGGACAGUAACUUUGGUAACGCCUCCUAAAUUUAAAUCUGAAGAUAUAAUACUCGAUGUAGUGGAAGGUUUGAAUGAUUUCCGUUGGGAUAAUAGAGACAUAGGACUUGGUAACAAAAUCAAACAGAGUAAUUUGUUAGGAAUUCCUAUAGUUGUUAUUGUUGGAAGAAACUUCCCCAAAGUUGAAGUAGAAACCAGAUGGGAUAUUUCAUCACCUGAACUUGAAAGUCUCGGAGAGAAGAAAGAUUACAAAUGGAUUGUUCAUAAAGAUUCAUUAAAGCAAUUUUUGAACAUAUUAAUCAAACAAAUGUAA